CGCCUUCCCCGCGCCCGUCACUGGGGAUUAGCGCAGGGACAGCCCCGGCCUCGGCGACAGGCACGGGGGACAGGGCCACCCGCCACCUCGCCUGGAUGUAGGAGGCCCGGCCGAGCGGCGAGGACCGAGGGUGACAUCGCCCAUCCCUGCGCUGGGCGAGGACGGGGACCCCCCCGCGCCCCCCCAGCCUUUGGGGGCACCAUGAAGGACCGGCUGGAGCAGCUCAAGGCGAAGCAGGAUGCGGACGAUGAGGAGGAGCUGGAGAUCGCCGUGGACAACACGGCCUUCAUGGAUGAGUUCUUCUCAGAGAUUGAGGAGACCCGGCAGAACAUCGACAAGAUCUCAGAGAACGUGGAGGAAGCCAAGAAGCUCUACAGCAUCAUCCUCUCAGCCCCCAUCCCAGAGCAGAAGACCAAAGAUGACCUGGAGCAGCUGACAGCAGAGAUCAAGAAAAUGGCCAACAGCGUCCGUAACAAGUUGAAGAGUAUGGAGAGGAACAUCGAGCAGGACGAGGCACGAUCCUCAGCCGACCUCCGGAUACGCAAGUCCCAGCACUCGGUCCUGUCCCGCAAGUUCGUGGACGUCAUGACCAAGUACAAUGAGGCUCAAGUGGAUUUCCGGGAGCGCAGCAAGGGCCGGAUCCAGCGCCAGCUGGAAAUCACUGGCAAGAACACGACGGACGAGGAGCUGGAGGAGAUGCUGGAGAGUGGGAACCCUUCCAUCUUCACCUCGGGGAUCAUGGACUCGCAGAUCUCGAAGCAGGCGCUGAGCGAGAUCGAGGGGCGGCACAAGGACAUCGUGCGCCUGGAGAGCAGCAUCAAGGAGCUCCACGACAUGUUCGUGGACAUCGCCAUGCUGGUGGAGAAUCAGGGAGCCAUGAUCGACCGCAUAGAGAACAACAUGGACCAGUCUGUGGGAUUUGUGGAGCGGGCCGUGGCUGACACCAAAAAGGCUGUGAAGUACCAAAGUGAGGCCAGGAGGAAGCUGCUGACUUUGGUGGCAGUGGCCGUGCUCUUGCUGGGGACAGUUGCCCUCAUCAUUGGACUCUCAGUGGGGCUGAACAUGAAAUAG